AAAAUAUCUCAAAACAUGUUCAAAAACCUAAUUUGCAUUGUUUUCAUUUCAGCACAUGGACAGGAAAAUUUCAAAUGUCCGGACGAUUUCGGUUUCUACCCCCACCACAUAUCCUGUGACAAAUACUGGAAAUGUGACAACAAUGUUGCGGAACUGAAAACUUGCGGUAACGGAUUAGCUUUUGAUGCCAGCGAUCCAAAAUUCUUGACUGAAAACUGUGAUUACAUCCACAACGUCGACUGCGGUGACAGGUCUCAACUUGAACCUCCAAUCAGUUCACCCCACUGUGAGCGUUUGUACGGUAUUUUUGCUGACGAAGCGAAAUGUGACGUCUUCUGGAAUUGCUGGAACGGAGAAUCUUCCAGAUACCAGUGUUCUCCUGGUCUUGCCUACGAUCGUGAAGCUCGUGUCUGUAUGUGGGCUGACCAAGUGCCAGAAUGUAAAAGCGAAGAAGUUGCAGGAGGUUUUUCAUGUCCCGCUGCCGGAGAAAUUAGCACAGUUGGUUCUUUCUCCCGACAUGCCCAUCCAGAAGACUGCAGGAAGUACUAUAUCUGUCUAGAAGGCCAAGCUAGAGAAUAUGGUUGCCCCAUCGGCACCGUUUUCAAAAUCGGUGAUGGUGACGGUACCGGUAACUGUGAAGAUCCUGAAGAUGUACCCGGAUGCGAGGAUUAUUACAAAGAUGUUGAUCUAAAGAUGCUCAAGAAGCUGGGAUACUGAGACACGAAAAAAAAAUCCUUGAUUUAAAGGAAACAUAACAUCAACCAUUGGGAAAAUACCUAGUUUGAAAAUGUUUUUUUUAAUUUUGAAAGUCCUUCAUCGCCAUUCGCCAAGAUUAUUUAUUAUAUGUCGUUAUUCACGAAUCUUGAAAUGUUAUGAUCUUUUAGUCAGUUCAAUUUGUAUCGUUUUUCAGCUUUUCAGUUAUUUAACGAAUACUUUUUGAUUUUCACUGGUGGUGAAAUUUUCAAACAAUAGAAUAUCCAAGGAAACUGUCAAGGAUUAUUUUAAAAUUGUGCUAGGUACUUACUAAAAUAGGGUUUAUUGCAUUGUUAAAUCAAUAGAAAAAUGCAUGUCAGCUGAUUCGACAAAAUGGGAAAUGCACCAUUGUUUAUAUUGAACGUUUUUGAAUAUAGGAUUAUGUUGUUUUUAUUUUUUAAGUUAUUCUGUUCAGUGAUAUAAAAAAUAUAAAAACAGUUUUGUUUUCAA